CCUCUGCAAUCUGUCCUGCUCUUACUCUACUCUGCACCUCUCUUCCCCCCUUUCUUUUUUUCCACCUUAGCCUUUGCUAUAAAACAUUUGUAAGGAAAAACCAUAGCUUCCAUCUCUUUUUAUUUGUUCCAUUCAUUUCCCUGUUUCAUUGGGAUCACUUUUUGAUCCCAAAAAAAAAAAAAAUACAGAUUUUCUCUGAACAAUCAAGUCUUUAAAAAACUGGCCUUUUUGUUCAUGCAGUACUCCAAAACCCAUUCUCUCUUCUCUUAGCUCCAUGAUGAAGAAGUUCAGAGACUUGAGUUUUCUUGUAACUGUUUUGCUGUUUAUAGCCCACUUUGUUGUGUGGUGCAAUGGAGAUGAUGCCCAAAUUCUUGAAGCUUCAUUAAUGGAGAAAACUGAACAAGAAGCUCUCUACUUUGCUAUUCAAGGCUUUGUGGGUAAGCACUGGAAUGGUUCAGAUCUCUACCCAGAUCCUUGUGGUUGGACUCCUAUUCAGGGUGUAUCUUGUGACCUAUAUGAUGGCUUAUGGUAUGUCACAGACUUGAGCAUUGGGCCUAUUCAUGACAACUCUCUUGAAUGUGCCCAAAAUGCAGAAUUUAGCCCCCAUCUCUUUACACUCAAGCACCUCAGAGCUCUGUCAUUUUUCAACUGCUUUGUCUCGCCCCGUGAUCAUCCGAUCUCCAUUGCAGCUCAGAAUUGGGAGCUCCUAGCAGGUAGCCUGGAGUCACUCGAGUUUCGUUCAAACCCGGGGGUGAUUGGACCGGUACCUAGUGCCAUUGGGGACCUGAGAAAGCUCCAAUCUUUAGUGCUUGUUGGGAAUGGAUUGUCGGGCGAUUUGCCGGGGAAUAUUGGCAGCCUGGUGAGCUUAAGGAGGCUAGUUAUUUCUGGUAACAAGUUCACAGGCAGAAUCCCAGACAGUUUUGGUGGAUUUGGAAGCCUCUUAAUCUUUGACCUUAGCAGAAACUUUUUGUCUGGUCCAUUGCCUUCAUCACUGGGAAACUUGAGUUCACUUUUGAAGCUUGAUUUGAGCAAGAACCAAUUGGGUGGCAAAAUCCCAGAAGAGAUUGGGAAUCUGAAGAACCUAACAUUGUUAGACCUAAGCAACAACAAUUUCUCAAGUGGACUCACCAAAUCACUUCAAGAAAUGUGGUCAUUGGAGGAAUUAGUCAUGUCAAACAACCCCAUUGGUGGGACCCUCCUGGGCCUGGAGUGGGGCCACCUCAAGGCAACCUUAACAGUCUUGGAUCUGUCCAAUACAAGGUUGAAUGGUGGCAUCCCAGAAUCCAUAACAUGGCUGGAGAGGUUAAGAUUCUUGGGCCUUAAUGACAACAACCUUUCAGGCCAGGUUUCCCCCAGGCUUGCAGUUCUGCCAAAUGUAAGUGCCAUUUACCUAAAUGGCAACAAUCUGACAGGGAAACUUGCAUUCUCUCAAGGGUUUUAUGGGAAAAUGGGGAGGAGAUUAGGGCUUUGGAACAACCCAAAUCUUUGCUUCCCUUUUGCUACUCCAACUAGCCAUGUCCCUUUUGGUGUAAAAUCUUGUCAGCAACAACAUAUCAUCACUCUCACUACCCAGAUCGGUCUCGAUGCCAAUUCCCGGUUGGGUAAUGGGAAUCAGAAUCGGAAUGGGAAUCAGAAUGAGAAUGGAAAUGGGAACGGGAAAGGAGAUUCCUAUGUAGGGCCAAUGGUUUCUUUGGGAUUCUCAACCCACUUUGACCUUUGGAGAACUCUUGUGGCUCAACUAUUUAUAGCUCUUCUACUUUUGAAUUUGGAAAUAAGGAUAUUUGGGGUUUAGAAAAGACUAACCUUUUUUUAUGUAACAAGCUAGCUAACUUCAAUUCUAGAAUCUCUAUCUUAUGUUA